AUGAGUGGAAUAUUUAGUGAGGAGAAUGUAUCUGGAGAUGGUUCAACUCUGAGUGCAACGUCGGGCACUGAUUCGCCGACUGCCGAUGAUACUGGCUACUGGGGAUUGACUUCGUCAGCAACGCGCUCAAUGGCAGAAUUUGCCAGCUUGUCUCAACUGUCACCUCAUGUGCGUACACAUCCAGUGAUCGUUACACCGACUUCGAUACACUCUUACCCGCCCGAACAUCAUGUGGCGAGGGUUACGUCGGAAAUUCGCUUUUUUCAACCUGAUGAGAACAACGAUGAAUCUAUUGAAGACAUUGAUAACGAUGAUCAGACAUUAGUGGAACAGCCUGUUAGAAGUUCUGUGAAGUCUAUAGUGGCUAAGUGGCCUCCAAGAGGACCGAAAGAAAGUUUUGCAUAA